AUGACACAGAAACAAACCGCACUCCCUCACUCUACUCCUCCAAACCGCACUCCCUCACUCUACUCCUCCAAACCCCCCUCCCUCACUCUACUCCUCCAAACCGCACUCCCUCACUCUACUCCUCCAAACCCCCCUCCCUCACUCUACUCCUCCAAACCGCGCUCCCUCACACUCUACUCCUCCAAACCCCCCUCCCUCACUCUACUCCUCCAAACCGCGCUCCCUCACUCUACUCCUCCAAACCCCCCUCCCUCACUCUACUCCUCCAAACCGCGCUCCCUCACUCUACUCCUCCAAACCCCGCUCCCUCACUCUACUCCUCCAAACCCCCCUCCCUCACUCUACUCCUCCAAACCGCGCUCCCUCACUCUACUCCUCCAAACCCCCCUCCCUCACUCUACUCCUCCAAACCGCGCUCCCUCACACUCUACUCCUCCAAACCGCGCUCCCUCACUCUACUCCUCCAAACCCCCCUCCCUCACUCUACUCCUCCAAACCCCGCUCCCUCACUCUACUCCUCCAAACCCCGCUCCCUCACUCUACUCCUCCAAACCCCGCUCCCUCACUCUACUCCUCCAAACCCCCCUCCCUCACUCUACUCCUCCAAACCGCGCUCCCUCACACUCUACUCCUCCAAACCGCGCUCCCUCACUCUACUCCUCCAAACCGCGCUCCCUCACUCUACUCCUCCAAACCGCGCUCCCUCACACUCUACUCCUCCAAACCCCCCUCCCUCACUCUACUCCUCCAAACCGCGCUCCCUCACUCUACUCCUCCAAACCCCCCUCCCUCACUCUACUCCUCCAAACCGCGCUCCCUCACUCUACUCCUCCAAACCCCGCUCCCUCACUCUACUCCUCCAAACCCCCCUCCCUCACUCUACUCCUCCAAACCGCGCUCCCUCACUCUACUCCUCCAAACCCCCCUCCCUCACUCUACUCCUCCAAACCGCGCUCCCUCACACUCUACUCCUCCAAACCGCGCUCCCUCACUCUACUCCUCCAAACCCCCCUCCCUCACUCUACUCCUCCAAACCCCGCUCCCUCACUCUACUCCUCCAAACCCCGCUCCCUCACUCUACUCCUCCAAACCCCGCUCCCUCACUCUACUCCUCCAAACCCCGCUCCCUCACUCUACUCCUCCAAACCCCGCUCCCUCACACUCUACUCCUCCAAACCCCGCUCCCUCACACUCUACUCCUCCAAACCCCGCUCCCUCACACUCUACUCCUCCAAACCCCGCUCCCUCACACUCUACUCCUCCAAACCCCGCUCCCUCACACUCUACUCCUCCAAACCCCGCUCCCUCACACUCUACUCCUCCAAACCCCGCUCCCUCACACUCUACUCCUCCAAACCCCGCUCCCUCACACUCUACUCCUCCAAACCCCGCUCCCUCACACUCUACUCCUCCAAACCCCGCUCCCUCACACUCUACUCCUCCAAACCCCGCUCCCUCACACUCUACUCCUCCAAACCCCGCUCCCUCACACUCUACUCCUCCAAACCCCGCUCCCUCACACUCUACUCCUCCAAACCGCGCUCCCUCACACUCUACUCCUCCAAACCCCGCUCCCUCACACUCUACUCCUCCAAACCGCGCUCCCUCACACUCUACUCCUCCAAACCCCGCUCCCUCACACUCUACUCCUCCAAACCCCGCUCCCUCACACUCUACUCCUCCAAACCGCGCUCCCUCACACUCUACUCCUCCAAACCCCGCUCCCUCACACUCUACUCCUCCAAACCGCGCUCCCUCACACUCUACUCCUCCAAACCGCGCUCCCUCACACUCUACUCCUCCAAACCCCGCUCCCUCACACUCUACUCCUCCAAACCCCGCUCCCUCACACUCUACUCCUCCAAACCCCGCUCCCUCACACUCUACUCCUCCAAACCCCGCUCCAUCACACUCUACUCCUCCAAACCCCGCUCCAUCACACUCUACUCCUCCAAACCCCGCUCCCUCACACUCUACUCCUCCAAACAGCGCUCCCUCACACUCUACUCCUCCAAACCCCGCUCCCUCACACUCUACUCCUCCAAACCCCGCUCCCUCACACUCUACUCCUCCAAACCCCGCUCCCUCACACUCUACUCCCCCAAACCCCGCUCCCUCACACUCUACUCCUCCAAACCCCGCUCCCUCACACUCUACUCCUCCAAACCGCGCUCCCUCACACUCUACUCCUCCAAACCGCGCUCCCUCACACUCUACUCCUCCAAACCCCGCUCCCUCACACUCUACUCCUCCAAACCCCGCUCCCUCACACUCUACUCCUCCAAACCCCGCUCCCUCACACUCUACUCCUCCAAACCCCGCUCCCUCACACUCUACUCCUCCAAACCCCGCUCCCUCACACUCUACUCCUCCAAACCCCGCUCCCUCACACUCUACUCCUCCAAACCCCGCUCCCUCACACUCUACUCCUCCAAACCCCGCUCCCUCACACUCUACUCCUCCAAACCCCGCUCCCUCACACUCUACUCCUCCAAACCCCGCUCCCUCACACUCUACUCCUCCAAACCGCGCUCCCUCACACUCUACUCCUCCAAACCGCGCUCCCUCACACUCUACUCCUCCAAACCCCGCUCCCUCACACUCUACUCCUCCAAACCCCGCUCCCUCACACUCUACUCCUCCAAACCCCGCUCCCUCACUCUACUCCUCCAAACCCCGCUCCCUCACUCUACUCCUAAAAGCUGA